CCCUAUUCCCUACGUAGUGCACUACUUUAGACCAGAUCCCUAUGGCACCCUAUUCCCUACGUAGUGCACUACUUUAGACCAGAGCCCUAUGGCACCCUAUUCCCUAUAUAGUGCACUACUUUAGACCAGAGCCCUAUGGCACCCUAUUCCCUAUAUAGUGCACUACUAUAGACCAGAGCCCUAUGGCACCCUAUUCCCUACGUAGUGCACUACUUUAGACCAGAUCCCUAUGGCACCCUAUUCCCUAAAGUGAGAGAGGUGUUCUCCUCUCAUCAUGUUGAUCUGUCUGCGCAGCGUCAGAGAGUAAACGCCAGCGUCUGGACUACGACGAGAUAACUCCUAGUCUGAAGGACGUCACGCUGGUCUGGGAGAGCAUGCUGGGAACUCAGGCCAGGUCGAAGGUCAAGUUCAACACCGACACUGUCCACUCUGCUGUCGAACAGGGAGUUCCUAGACAGUACAGAGGAGAGGUGUGGAAGUUCCUGUCAGAACAGUUUGUAUUGAGACACCCGGUUCCUGUCAGAUCUCCAUCUGACAACAGGCCUUAUAAAGAACUGCUGAAACAACUGACCUCCCAACAGCACGCCAUCCUCAUAGACCUGGGUCGUACCUUCCCGACCCAUCCUUAUUUCCAGGCUCAGUUGGGGUCUGGUCAGCUGUCUCUCUAUAACCUCCUGAAGGCCUACUCUCUACUGGACCCAGAGGUGGGAUACUGCCAGGGUCUCAGCUUCGUAGCAGGAGUGUUGUUGUUGCACAUGGGAGAGGAGGAGGCCUUCAACAUGCUCCAGUUCCUCAUGUAUUACAUGGGGCUUCGCAAGCAGUACAGACCUGACAUGGUGAUACUACAGAUUCAGAUGUACCAGCUGUCCCGUCUCCUCCAUGACUACCACAGAGACCUGUACGUCCAUCUGGAGCAGCAUGAGAUAGGACCGUCUCUCUACGCUGCUCCCUGGUUCCUCACGGCCUUCGCCUCGCACUUCCCUCUGGGCUUCGUAGCCAGGGUGUUUGACAUGUUGUUUCUCCAGGGUUCGGAGGUGAUCUUCAAGGUGUCGCUAAGUCUUCUGGGUAGUCACAAGCCCUUGAUCCUACAGCACGACAGUCUGGAGUCUAUAGUGGACUUCAUCAAGACUACAUUACCUAACCUGGGACUAGUCCAGAUGGAGAAGACCAUCAACCAGGUGUGUGAGAUGGACCUGUCCAACCAGCUGCAGGCGUACGAGGUGGAGUACCACGUCUUACAGGACGAGCUGUGUGACACGCCCGCUCACCUCAACCAAUCGCAGCGCACCGCCCAGCUGGAACGCACCAAUCAGAGUCUCCGACAGCAAAACCUCGACCUGCUGGAGGAACUGCAGGUGUCCCAGGCUCGUGCGUGUCGUCUGGAAGGUCAGGUGGAGGGGCUGGCCCAAUCAGAGGCUCUGCUGAGAGAACGGGUGUUCGACCUGGAGGAGGAGAGGAACGGACUGCGCAGCGCCGUCACACACCUGCACACACUCCUCGCCGCGCUGGGAAUACACACACACACAACGCACGGGGACUUCAACCUGGACCCUCACACACACUCCGCUGCCGACACAGAUGGACAGAGAGAUGGACAGAGAGAUGGACAGAGAGAUGGACAGAGAGAUGGACAGAGAGAUGGCGUCCCCCCCAGAGAGGGGCUCAGACUGGGGCAAGGGACAGCGAUGUCCUCUCCUCUCCUCCCUCAUCCACUGGCUCUACCAGAACACUGAAUCCUCUCCCAGAGGACUGUUCUCCUGGGGGGGGGGGGGGUUCUCUGUCCUCUCUGGACCGAUACUCCACAUAACAGUCCUAUACACACAGUUACCAUUGCAGCCAGAUGUGUGUGUCUCUCUGCCUGUCUGUCUCUCUGCCUGUCUGUCUCUCUGCCUGUGUGUCUCUCUGCCUGUGUGUCUCUCUGCCUGUGUGUCUCUCUGCCUGUGUGUCUCUCUGCCUGUGUGUCUCUCUGCCUGUGUGUCUCUCUGCCUGUGUGUCUCUCUGCCUGUGUGUCUCUCUGCCUGCGUGUCUCUCUGCCUGUGUGUCUCUCUGCCUGUCUGUCUGUCUCUCUGCCUGCGUGUCUCUCUGCCUGUCUGUCUCUCUGCCUGUGUGUCUCUCUGCCUGCGUGUCUCUCUGCCUGCGUGUCUCUCUGCCUGUCUGUCUCUCUGCCUGUGUGUCUCUCUGCCUGCGUGUCUCUCUGCCUGUCUGUCUCUCUGCCUGUGUGUCUCUCUGCCUGUGUCAGUGUGUGUUGAUGUGUUUAUUGCACAGUCUUUGCCAUAGGAAACGUCUUGUACACUAUAUAUGCAAAACCAAAAUAAAGGGCUUCCGAGGGG